CGCACCUCUCUCCCUCCCGACCAGGUGAGGAAACUUCCCCAGGUUCGUGUUACCUGUCCAGAGUCAUACUUUACACAACAGGGAGUUUAAGUUUCUCCACCGCCGUCUCAGCCAUGGCCGCGUCCCAGCUCGUGUGCAUGGAGGACGGCUGCAUCGGAGUCAAAAUCCCGGAGUCCAAACCGGAGUUUUACUACAGCGAGGAGCAGCGCGUCGCCAUCGAGGAGCUGCUGAGGAACGGUGACGGAGCCUUCAAGACGCGACUGAAAGAGGACAACAUGAAAGAUUUCUUGUCCGCCAGAGAAGUCAAAGUGCUGACGAACACGUUCAGAAACUUCCAGGAGGACCAGGAGAGCGGCAGCAGCUCGGGGCAGGCAGCCGCCGGCAGCGACGCGGACUCGGGGGUCCACUCCACCUACUGGCCCCAGAUGUCGGACACAGAGGUUCCGCCGCUGGACAUCGGCUGGCCCAGCGGGGGGAUGUUCAAAGGUUUGACCCGCGUGACCAUGCACACGCACCCGCCCAGAGAGAAUGGACCCCACAUUAAAGAGGUGGUGCGGCGGCUCAUCCAGGAGGCCAGCAAGGUGAUAGCCAUAGUGAUGGACAUGCUCACAGACAUCCAGAUCCUGCAGGACCUGAUGGACGCGGCCUCACGGCGCUCUGUGCCCGUCUACAUCCUGUUGGAUAACCAAGGGGUGCCACACUUCCUGGAUAUGUGCUCCAGGCUGCAGAUUGGCUCACAGCACCUCCGGAACAUCAGAACCAGAACGCUGCAGGGAUUCGGGUUCUGCUUGUCGUUCGGCAGAUUCCCGGGUUCCCUCGGUAAAAAGUACAUGUUGGUGGACGGAGACAAAGUCGUGUUCGGCUCCUACAGUUUCUGCUGGUCUGCGUCUCGUAUGGACCGAAACAUGAUCACUGUGAUGACGGGACAAGUGGUUGACUUCUUCGACCAAGACUUCCGGGAACUGUACGCCAUCUCUGAGAAGCUGGACCUCUACAAGGAGUUCCACGUCAGCCCGCCUGCUGCUAACGCCACCGCCACCAUACGUUCCAAAGUGGGGCCCAAACGCCCUCCUUUACCUGCCACCACUUCCAGAUUCCAGGUUACGUUGGGGGAUUCAAGGAAAGAUAAAAUCGAGGUGCCUGCGCAUAAAUACUACAACCCCAAGUACUCGCUGGUGUUCGGGGACGCCAUACGUCCAACUGGGUCUCUGCAGGAGCCGGGAACUAAGAGGGGGUCAAUUCUGUCCAAGUUUCCUGAUGAACUGGAGCAGGAGAAGCCACAAGUGACCAGCAGUGAGAAGAUGGAUCGGUUAUCUCCGUUGUCAGAGGCCCCGAGUGAAAUGUUCCAGAGACCCAAGGCAGGGGCGCAGGACAAGAAGGGGCAGCACACAUUAUUCACGAGAUUGUUCAAGAAAUCCUCCAGGAAGCUUUCGGUUAACAGCCUCGCAAACAGCACAUGCCCAUCACCCACAGGAAGCAACUGGACUGAUGAGAUGGAGGACAACUCCGAGGUGAUUGUGAGGUCGUCCUCUAAAUGGAGGAGAAAGAACGGUCAGAGGACCGAGUCCCAGCAAACAGUCAACUCUGCAAAGGACACUGAGAGUCUUAACAGUCAGCUCAAAAAAAACAAGUGUAAAGUUUCCUGAGGUGAACCCGGCCACAGUCUCAACAUGGAGCAGAACGGGACUUCAUUGAAACUAUCCUCAUCUUUGAUGUUGCAGUAUUGAAUUUUAUCCGGUGCCUUCAAGAAAGAGCCAACACACGUGUAAUUCAUCAGGUGCUGCUUUUUAUGUCUAAUGCCAAAUACAGAUUCAAAUAUGCAAAGCAUCAUGGGAAAUCUGUUGCCUGGUUGGGUUCAGAAAGAUUUAAUGAGAUAUUUCCUGGUGAUGAGCUGCCUCUUGUUUGUUGUGAAACUUUGGGGAGCAUUUUAGUGGUUGCACAAUAGUUUUCUUCAGCGGUUGGAAUGUAAAAGUUUGUCUGAGUUUACAAAUUAAACUAAUUGAGA